CCUUUGAGCUACCGUACACAAAAAAUAUACACACAACAUUCGUAGGUGUAUUGUGAGCAUUACUCGGAAUAUGAAAUCUUUUAAAGUAACUUGUAAUGCUUAUUUCGUAUGAACAUGCGCAUUUGUCAGAGAAGAAUUCUUACGUUCACCGCUACAUUAACGUUGGAGCGUACUGACGACAUGUAACUUAUCAGAGAAACUUCAGAUGUUAACACGUUACACAAUACGUUCAACCUGGAUAUAAACCAUCUCUCGGAUUUCUCUGCCCUGUUCAGUACGAAUCAUGCUGGAUCUUCCGAGGAAGGUUUCGUGUCGCUCUGUCAAAGUAAAAACAGACUUCAAGCAGUGAUUUCUGUGGAUUUUAUUCCCAAGAUUAAGCAUGGAUCUUCACGCGUGUGUAAACCUAUAUAUUUGCAUUUAUAAACUCCUACACAGUAAUCUGCGCCGCAGGUUAACGAUCAGUUGGGAGCUAACGUUAUAUAGUAAACCUUACCGUAUCACGCGUUUUUAAAUACAUUAACAGCGGGUUAAAGUUAUGAGUCCUCAAGUAAACCUGCUGUCUGGACUUGGACUGAUCUGGCUCUGCGUAACCCAGUGGUGUCACUGCAGACUGGUCUGCGACAAUGGAAAGGCAAAUCUCAUGACAGACCUACCAGGACCUGAGGAACUCAUUUGUCAAGAGCUUUGGCCACAGUCACAGAUGAAUAUUCCUGAUAUUGACACAAAAUAUGUUAACACGGCUGCUGAUUACAUCUGUAUGGACACACCCAUUACAUACCAUGACCUCAUACCCACCCAUGGGCCUUACCGGCCUGUCGAGGCAGAGAGUGGAGAAUAUCUGUAUUGUCCUCCUCAGCGCUGGCUACACAACCUCAAAAAUGGUGCGCUGGUGCUUCUGUAUCACCCCUGUGUCUCAGCUGAAGCUCGCAGGAAUCUCGCCGUGUUGGCUCGCUCGUGUCUGGCUCAUUAUAUUCUCACACCGUACCCCUGGCUCAGCCGACGGAGACCCUUAGCUGUGGUCUCUUGGGGUCGCUCACUAGAGAUGUCUCGCAUCUCAACUGGGUUUUGUGAUUGGUCGGUCUCCAUUUCCUACAACAUUAGUCAACUUAGCACGAGCCAAAGUACAAAGUACAGUCUGUACUUGACCAAACCAGCACCUCUGGACAGACCAAUGAACAUAAAGCAAGAGAUGUCCAAUGGGGAAGGAUUAAAGAAUUGCUGCUUGGAAGCUCUCCAUCUUAAUGAUGUACAGAAGACCAGAAAAAGAUCCAGAAAGACCAGGAUGGCCCUCAAACAAACAUCACAGGAAGUGACACCGAAAGUCAAACCCAACAACCUUAACGGCAUAGAGAGUGCAAAACAGAACAUAACAGACAAACUAUCACAAAAUAACACAAAGGAGAUGACCUCCUUGCUAUUGUUUACCGUUAACGUCACACAAUCUCACAAUUCAUCUAAGGACUUACAAGAACCAGCUGGAGUAUCCAAGGAGCAAACUGACGCAGAGAAGCAACUUGUCCAGAAUAAUGUUGAAAGAAAUAAAAACCAGACAGACCGAAAGUCACAUAUGAAAACUACAAUAGAAAGCAGGAGGCAUCGGAUUAAGACUGAUACAAAGGCACAGAGAACUGAAUCUGAAUGCGUAGAUCUCACAAAGUGUGGAGUCCCAGAGUCUCCACAUAUAGGGGGUCCAUUGAGAGGGGAGAGGAUACCCAUUCCACGCACCGAUGAGGCCGUGUGGGCUGCAGCCGCUCUGGGCUUCCUGUUGGUGCUGCUCACCCUGUCCGUGCUCCACACGCGCCUCUAUCGGCACUGUAGGUCCUCAACCAGCCUUUACUGGCAAGACGGCCAGCAAGACUAUGAGAACGUGGGUGAGGUCAUCCGGCGGAGACUCAGGAUGGUUGGCCGGAGGAAGAGGAGGUGCAGCUAUAACAGGAGACAGGAAAGUGCAUUACUGUCUAACUCCAGCGCUGAGGAGAAUUCUGAGUGACUUGGAUUGUUGAACACUCAUGGGAAUUGACAGGAUAUGCACGCUUGGAUUGGAGACUAGUUUGAGUUUCUGCUAAGUCAUACGUCACCCACCGAUUCAAUACAGACAUUUUUAUUGAUAAACCAGUUAUGUAUCCGAAUAACUGAUACGUACACAAACACAGUAUGACAACUUAAAAAACAAGUUUUCUUUAUUUAUAACACUACUUUCUUUAGCAAAGUCAGUAUAAAAUACCAUGUACACAUUGAAUGUCUUGAGAGUUAAAUUGUCUUUUAUUAUAGUUAGCAUUUUGCUAAUUUAAAGCAUUAUGGAAGGUUUUAGUCACAUGCUGUGCCCUUUGGAUUUUAUUUGAGAGGUGUUAGUAUUAUUAUUAUUAUCAAAACCAAAGCAAUUCAUAAUAUCUAGUGCUAUACAUUAGAUUUUCAUUUAUCUCAAUGGCUAAUGUUCGGCUGGCACAUGCCUGCUUGCUGCCAUCUUUCUUCAUGUGCUCGCAGCUCUGCCCCAAAUGUUAUAUCAGAGCUGUAAAUGACAUGAUUAAUUACGUCCCAAAAUCAUCUCCUAUGAUGUAAUUAAAUGGCUGUCAAUAGAGAAAUGGUGGCUGCAGAAUGGUGCAGUUACUCACUAGUUAAACAUUGACCUCCUGUGGCAAUGUUCGGAUUAAAACAUGCUGCUUUUCUCAUUUUCAUAAUUUAUGAUAACACAAGAUGGCGGCAGCAGAGAGCUCUGCAAUUCUGAAAAGACACACCCUCAGUUGCUUGAGAUGCUUUUUCAUCCGAAAGUAAAUGUAGAGUUUUAAUUACAGGGACGUUUGGAGUUUUGGAAUUUACCAUGGUACUGCCAACUUAACAACGCUAAUGCCUUUAUUGUUAUUACUUUACAAACAUAACAAAUUAAUAAACAAUAUUGAAAGUAUGGGUGUCACAAUUGUAUUGACAAUAAGUGUGAUAAUAAAACCAUUAUUAUCAUCAAUAUCAUGUUAAUUCCACACAUAUUAUUGUAAACUAUUCAGCACCUAUUUAAAAUGGACUGAGUGGUUGCAAACUCUCUCUCUCUACCUCCCUACAUUUGUAUUUGGAGUGCGAUUCAUUUACCAAAUAAAAGACAACACACAAAAUUAAAGAUGAAUUCGACCAAUAUUCAUUUAUUUAAGAACUUCAAUGAAAUUGUGAUAAUAUUGUUAUUGUUGGCCACGAUAACCGCAUUGUGAUCAUUGUAAUAGCCAUAACUUUUAGAAUCUUUUAUAAUUGUAAUUAAUUAACAAGCACAGUUGAAAUUGAAGUUACUAAAACUUAUAGUGUUCUGGUUGAAACAUUAAAUCUUCAUGGGUAUUCAUAUCAGUGUUGUAUUGAAACAUCACUGUAGUCACAUUAUCCAGAUUGCAGUCUUUUUCAAAAGGAUUAUAAAGGUGUAAUCUGGAUCAUGACGGCGUUGUGAAAUUCUGUUCAGUCACAGCAUGGAAGGAACUGAUUUAUUAACAAUAACAAGCUGCAGCCAACAGUUUGCCAAUUCAUAAUCCAGUGUUGUUGUCUGACCCAUCAUGACUUUGCCUUUGAGAACAGGUUAUCAUGUUAGACUGACAUUAAUCUCCACAAUAAAAUACAGCAUGCAUUUUAACAGUCUAUUUUUUAUAAGAUCAUGCCACAGUACUAGACUUUCUAGCAGAUUUUCUCUGUUCCUUCCGAAGGUCAAGUCCUCAUGUUAGUACUGUUCAGUUAUCUCAGUGAUGAUCUGGGUCCUCUUUUGCAAGCAAGAGUUGUGCAAUGGACGUAAAAUAAUAGAUGCAAUGCAAUAUGGAUUAUUGGUCUACAUUGUGAAACCAUAAAAAAAGCUAUAUGAAACUUACAAUCCAGUAUCAGAAAAGCAUGAAUGUUGUUCAGACUAAAGCAUUGUUAAAUUAUACCUUAAAUCUGUUCUAACAUGACGCUUGAUGGGCCAUUAAGCUACUUGUGAUAAGUAUAUAUUAUAUAGUAUAGAUUAUAUUGUGUUUUUUUCUUCUUGCUUUAAGGAAUCCUUGUAGAGCUUUUGGCAAGAAUAGUGCAUCCAAGAACAGGAAUGUUUCUGCAUGUUCAGGAUGUGUUUUUUCCUUUAUGUUUGACGAACGUGAGAAACAAUGUAUUUCACCCCUCUAGACAACCUCUGCGGGUUGUCUAAAGUCUGCGACAAGGAGUUUGGCAUUCUGCUCACUACAAACAAGUUUGCAUUUAGCCACUUUACCAUGUUUCAGCAGAACAACAGCGAGUCUAAAAUUACAUCUGCUUUAAACAUUCUUUUGCAGCUUUUCUUUUGACUGUAAUGUAUAAUUACACGUAUCACACACGUAUUUUUAGGCCUGUAUACAUAAAAAUCAGUUAUAGAGGGUUUU